UUUACUUUGCAAACCAGUUCUAGGGUUUCUUGAUCCCUUUCUUCGAUUCUUUGUUUCGCCUCCCCAUAUCAGCGGAUCGAGAUUAUUCUCUUUGUUAUUGGACAGAAUAAUUAAAGUUUGAGCUAAAUCAUUGAGUUAGUGGUUGAAGCAGCACUCUGAAUUUGCCAUUUGUAAGUUUUGAAUAAAAUUUUGCUAGACAUGCAUGGAUCUAGUAGAUGGGCAAGAAAUUACACGAGUUAAUAUAAUAAUGCAGCUUUAUCAUCUUUGCACAUAGAUAACCUUAGAAUUGUCCAGUAUUUAUUCAGUAAUAGCUCUGGAUAUAUUUCUUAGAAGGUCGCUUGUACGCUAUCAGAGGAUCCUUUGUAUACAUGCUGGCAGAGAGUAUGCGUGGAAUCUGUGUUUCGGGUAAUGCCCCUGAAGAUAUAUUCUGCCGAAGCAUUCGGUGUGUUGACAAUUUGUCUAGUUGGAUUGUUGGUUCUUCUUGGUUUGGUAUGCAUUGCAUACUUGUUUUAUUUGCGUUCACGUGUUCUUAGACAAGGAUUUAUUCAGAUUAGUUAUUUCAAUGGGCCUUGGAUCAUCCGAAUCUCAUUCAUUUUGUUCACCAUUUGGUGGGCUUUUGGUGAAAUUGUACGGCUAAAUUUUCUAAGACGACAAGGAAUAGUGUUGAAUGCAUUCAAUUUGACAUGGCAAGAAAACAUCUGCAAAUGUUACAUCGUGUCAAAUUUAGGUUUUGCGGAACCUUGCAUGUUCCUCACUCUCGUUUUUCUUCUUCGUGCUCCUUUACAAGAUAUAAACACUGGCAUCCUGAGCAGAAAAUGGAAUGGGAAAACAGCAGGCUAUGUUAUUCUCUUCUGCCUCCCUGUGUUUAUUCUUCAACUUAUUUUGAUUUUGAUUUUACCAGAGUUAGGCAAGGGAAGAGAAUUGUCACCAUAUUUCACAAGAACAAUUGUUCCAGCGAGGCAAAAUUCUGAUGACAUUGCUCUUUGCACUUACCCUUUACUGAGUACUGUUCUUCUAGGGCUUUUUGCCAGCAUCUUGACUAUCUACUUGUGUUGGAUUGGUGGGAGGAUUAUAAAAUUGGUUAUCAACAGGUGUUUGCGGAAGAGAGUUUACGCAUUAGUUUUCUCAGUUUUGAGUUUACUUCAGUUAAGGGUUGUUUUACUUGGUUUAUCUGUUUUAUCUAAACCAGAGCAAUUUAUGUUUGAAGCUCUUGCCUUCUCAGCCUUUUUUGUCCAACUAUGUUGUGCUGGGGUAUGCAUUUGCAUACUUGUAUACUACCCUGUUAAGGAUUGUCUAGUCCUCGGGAAUCUUCAUGACUUGGAGGCUACAAGUGUUUUUCUAGAUGUUCAAAACGACACUGUUUCUCUUAUCUCUAAUCAGAACCAGCUCGAAGGAAGUCCUGGAAUUAACACACGGAGGAGUUUGGAUGCCUCUACCUCGACUGGGGCAUUUGUGGAACUGAGCCGCUUCUCCGCUACUUGAAAUGCAAUCCAACCAGGAUAACCUCUUUUUGUACCUGUUCCUAUGCUCAUGGACCCUAUAAGAAAGUAAAACUCAGUAGUUGUGAUGGAUAUCAAUUUUGUGGGUUAAAAGAAACAAAUUCUGAUUGUAAAGGGUUGUACCUUCAAUAAGGAUUCUUAUUUCUUGGCA